AUGAAGGGUGCCACUGAAGUAAUAUUUGUGCCUCCUCAGUUGCUUGCAUUAACGCAACGCGUUCUUUGUUUAGUGCCGAGUGUUUGUUUAAAUAUCGCUCAGUGUCAUUCUGCUGAUGAUGACAACGCUGAUGCUUGUGAUGAUAUUAAUGACGAUGAUGAUUCUGAUAAUCAACAGAUUCUAAUAAUUGCUUUAGUAUUAUCAUUGACGACGAUGAUGGCGCGACAGAUCAAGGAACGCGAAGAAACCGUCCCCGAGGAGUGGUCUCUAGAGAGUGCGGUGACACACUCUGAAGAAGAAGAAGAAGAAGAAGCAGAAGACAAAGACGAAGAAGAAGAAGAAGAGGAAGAGGAACGAGAACGAGAACGAGAAGAAGAGUUAGAAGAUACUAAGGAGCACACGAGAAGCCGCGAUUUUCGUUUGAAAUCGCUGAGAAAGAUCAUCGCUGGCGGUGGCGGCAUUGUCCUGCUUAUAAAAUAG